UGCAAUAACAAUGAUAGCUCCGUGGGGUGCGUUGCUGGUGUACGCGACCGCGUUCUUGAGGAUCGAAGCUCAGUCCACUGAGCUGAGGGUGGACAUCACCCAAGGGCCAGUCAUAGGGUACAAGGUUCCCGAUACUGAUGUGUUCUCAUUUAAUGGCAUUCCAUACGCUACCGCACCUACGGGAACCGACAAAUUCAAGGCACCCCUGCCACCACCAACAUGGACCGAGCCUUUCGAAGCCAAGGACAAUCGUAUUACUUGUCCUCAACAAUUAUUUUUGGAUAGAAAUAUCACAGAAGACUGUCUCAUUGCAAACAUAUAUGUCCCUGACACAGAAGCGACCAACCUUCCUGUGUUGGUUGCAGUUCAUGGAGGAGCUUUUCAGAUAGGCUACGGAGAUCUCGAUAAACCUGUUAGCCUGGUCAAUACUAAGAGACUGAUUGCAGUAAACUUUAAUUAUCGACUCGGAGCGCAUGGAUUUUUAUGCUUGGGCACAGAAGAUGCACCCGGUAACGCUGGAAUGAAAGACCAGGUCGCUCUUUUACGGUGGGUGAAAACGAACAUUGCCGCUUUCGGUGGUAACCCUGAUGAUGUCACUGUCGUUGGCUGCAGUGCCGGCGGUGCUUCAGUUGAUCUUUUAAGACUUUCAAGUACCACUGAUGAUCUGAUGAGUAAAGCCAUGCCAGCUAGCGGUGGUAAUGCCGGCUCAUUCGGCAUUCAACUUGAUCCAGUGGCAAAUGCAAAGUUCUAUGCAAGUGCUUUGGGUUUCGAGAAUGUUGAGGAUAUCGCUGCGCUUGGUGAAUUUUACAAAACUGCGCCUCUCCUAACAUUACUAUCUAGACCGGAGCUAAUUUCUACCCGACCGGAUUCAAAUGUGAUAUUCGCUCCGUGCGUUGAAAAAGAUAUUGGUGUUGAAAGAUUUCUUGAAGAUGCUCCUGUGAAUAUAUUGAACAAAGGCGAACACAAAAGUAUGCCAUUACUGUAUGGGUUUGCUGAAAAAGAAGGUCUAAUACGAUUGGGUAAUUUUGAGAUAUGGAGAUAUUUGAUGGACAGCAAGUUUUCAGACUUCUUACCGGCUGAUCUUGAAUUUAGCUCGGAGGAUGAAAAAGAAGAAGUGGCGAGCAGAGUUAGAGAAUUUUACUUUGGAAAUCAGACGAUAAAUGAAGGAAGCAUAUUGGCUUACAUUGAUUAUUUCUCGGAUGUGCUGUUUGCAUAUUCUAUGCUGCGGUCAGUCAGACUGAAUUCCAAAGGUAAUAAUAAUAGCCCAACAUAUUUGUAUGAAUAUUCUUUCUAUGAUGAUAAUACGCCGAUUAUACCUCAUACAAAUGAGCGCGGGCCGGACCACUGUGACCAGUAUACUCCUAUAUUUGACAUCGAUGAGACUGAUAUCUCUCAAGAGUAUAGAGACAUGAUAGCCGUGUUAAGGAGUAUGCUUAUUGACUUCGUUACGACUGGUAACCCAGUGUCUGCCGGUUCAGUACUGCCUGCGUGGGCCCAUGCCGACGCGACCAGGGCCCCACACGUCAACUUGGGAGUCAACGUGACCCUCAGGGGGCCACUCAACCAGGAGCGCGCUGAGCUCUGGGACAGCAUAUAUGACCAGCACUACCGUACACCCAUUUCUCCUGGUAACACUGCCUCUAUCACCAGAAUGGUUAGCUCUCUAUGGAUCCUGUACUCAGUAGUCAUCUUUACUAUGUAAUGGAAUAUGUGCUUGUGCAUGUACGCAGCACAUGCAGCUACAAAAACAACAGGAUAAUAUUAUUAACUUAAGGCAAAUGACGAUGAGAUUUGGCCAACGAUAAUAAUUAUGUUACGUAAGCUAUCUCUGAUAAAUCUGAUAAUUUAUAAUUUGGGAAUUCAAUGUUACGCAGAUAGCAUAAUUAUACUACCUGUGUACCUACUUAUAAAAGAACUUUAAAAACAUUUCUUUACAAUAAAGUAAUAGAACUUAACAAUUAGUUAUUACGUAACUUAUUUUUUACAAGAGCGUGCGUAUUAAGAGGUAUUUAUUAUUUAAUUAUUUUAUCAAUUUUAGGUAUUUUAUCAUUACAUUAAUGACACAAACAAGUUUAAAUCAAUCUAUCAAAAUUAAGACAAGCUGAUUAACCGGCAAGCUCUAAGUUGGCUUCAGUAAUACAGUAAUCCCACCAAUGCUUACUCAUUGUCGACGUGGGGUCAAGAUUAUCACAGUUUUAAAGCAAGUUUAGAUUUUAGUUAUUAUUUAUUGUAUGUUAGAUACUAAAGUAGUUUGUUGAAAAAGAGUCUAAAUUAAGAGCGAUUACGCAUUGCUCUUAUUUGAAUAAUAAAUAUUACUGCUUUCUUCGGAAUUUCGGACCCACCGUUUUCCUCAAAUUCGUAAGCCGUACGUAAUCGCUCUAAAACGUACUCUGUUAUUUAUAAGUAUUUUAAGUUUUAGGACAUUGUAAAUAUGAGUAUGUAUAGAAUAUAGCAUUAAGUUAUUACUUUAUGAUGUUAUGUUUAAAAGACAAAUAAAAAGCUAUUGAAACUGAAACGCUGCAAUAUGCAUACCUAGGGUAGUUCGCCUUUUUGCCGUUGCCAUUGUUCCGGACGCGUUAUUGCGGCAAUCCGUUACGGCGUCAGCGGCGGGCGUGACGAAUGCGGCGGACACGCGGAAAAUUGGAAAAGCGCUGGCGGUCACAUGCAGCCGCGGCCGCCCUAGGGCUGUUGCGCGUACUUUUUCCUAUUCUGAAAUAGUUUAUAAAGGCUUAUUUUUCCUGUAAUUGGUGUUUUUUCGUUGCAUUUAGAUUGUAAUUCAGUCGUACUGGAUGAGUUUAAUAUUUUACAUGAAAUAGUUACUACUACUCGCAGCUAGAUAUUUUAAACUUCAAUUCAUAUUGGGAAAACAGGGAUUUUUUAACAAGUUUUUACCGUUGCCAUUGUUCCGGACGCGUUAUUGCGGCGAUCCGUUACGGCGUCAGCGGCGAGCGUGACGAAUGCGGCGGACACGCGGAAAAUUGGAAAAGCGCUGGCGGUCACAUGCAGCCGCGGCCGCCCUAGGGCUCCUGCUCAAACUUUUUUCUAUUCUGUGGGCUGAGUGUGAGUGUACAUCAAACGUCCUCACUAGUGAGCGCGUUAAAAAAACGUAUGAAAAUUUUAGUUUUUGAACGUUUCCGCUAGGGGCGCUUGUCAUUUUUUUACGCGCUCACUAGUGAGGACGCUUGAGUAAACUCACACUCAGCCUCUGAAUUAUUAUAAGGCUUAUUUUUACCCUGUGGUUGAUGUUUCUUAAUUGAAUUACAUUGUAUUUACUCUCACAAGAUAAAUUCUAUAGUGAAAAUCUUCUCAACUGGCCCACAUUAUAAUCGAAGCAGUGGUAGGGCCUAAAGCUUUUAAUAAGCUGAGGAAUUAAUGGAGAUGCAAACUAUGUAGAAUAUUGUAAUAUUUAUAAAUGGAAAAGAAAAUUGAAUAAAUGUGAAUUAUUUAGGCUUAUUCCACUAUUCC